GCAGCCCCCCGCCCGACCGCCGCCCCCCGCAGCCUCCGGGCGUGGGAGUGGAGCCCCCGCGCCGCGGCCCAGCCCCGCUGCGCCAGCAUGUCCUCGACGGAGAGCCCGAGUCGCCCAGCGGACAAGUCGCCGCGCCAGCAGGUGGACCGCCUGCUCGUGGGGCUGCGCUGGCGGCGGCUGGAGGAGCCGCUGGGUUUCAUCAAAGUUCUCCAGUGGCUCUUCGCCAUUUUCGCCUUUGGGUGCUGCGGCUCCUACAGCGGGGAGACGGGAGCGAUGGUUCACUGCAACAACGAGGCCAAGGACGUGAGCGCCAUCAUCGUCCUGUUCGGCUACCCCUUCAGGUUGAACCGGGUCCCGUACGAAAUGCCCCUCUGUGACGACGACUCCACCUCCAAGACCAUGCACCUCAUGGGGGACUUCUCCGCCCCCGCCGAGUUCUUCGUGACCCUGGGCAUCUUCUCCUUCUUCUACACCAUGGCCGCGCUGGUGUUCUACCUGCGCUUCCACAGCCUCUACGCGGAGAACAAGCGCUUCCCGCUGGCGGACUUCUGCGUGACCGUCUCCUUCACCUUCUUCUGGCUGGUAGCUGCGGCUGCCUGGGGCAAGGGCCUGACCGACGUCAAGGGCGCCACGCGGCCGUCCAGCCUGACCGCCGCCAUGCCCGUGUGCCACGGCGAGGACGCGGUGUGCAGCGCCGGGGCCACGCCCUCCAUGGGGCUGGUCAACCUCUCCGUGCUCUUCGGCUUUAUCAACUUCUUCCUGUGGGCCGGGAACUGUUGGUUUGUGUUCAAGGAGACCCCGUGGCACGGGCAGGCCCAGGCCCAGGCCCAGGCCCAGGCCGCCGCCGGCCAGGAGAGCGCGGCUGAGCAGGGAGCCGUGGAGAAGCAGUAAGCAGCCCUGGCCCGGCUGCUCCGGAACAGGACUGCACCUCUUAACCACCUCCGGCUUCCAGGACCGCCCCCUUCUUCCUCCCCCACCUCCCCUCCCCCACCAUUCUGGCCUUGGAGCUUUGGGAAGUCCUCGUCAACGACGGAUGGAUGGGCAGGCAGCAGCUGUCGGAAACCUGGGCAGCCCUCCCAGUGGCUUCCUGUCCCUCUUCUUGCUGGAGCCCCGGAUGGGAUGGCAGGAACUCAGGGCUUCUUGCUCACUGCCUGGACCCGGGCAUCUUACUCGGGGCGCAGGGUGCCUCCCAGCCCCUGCUGCUGUCGAGGGUUGGAGGCAGGAGACCGCAGCCCUGAGACUGGUUCCUAGCAGCCACUUCAUCAGCCUGUCAAUAAAAGUGGGGGGAGGGCAAACUGGCUGGCA